GCUCUGACUGUACGUCUUCUUCUUCUCUCUGCGUGACCUCAGGCGCUGCUGCAGGCCCACGACGUGGUGGCCCACGAGGUUUACAGUGACGAGGCUCUGAGGGUGACCCCGCCGCCCACCUCGCCCUACCUGAACGGAGAAUCUCCAGAGAGCACCAACGGAGACAUGGACCUGGAGAACGUCACAAGAGUCCGUCUGGUCCAGUUCCAGAAGAACACGGACGAGCCAAUGGGAAUCACGCUGAAGAUGAACGACUCCAACCACUGCAUCGUCGCCAGGAUAAUGCACGGGGGGAUGAUCCACAGACAAGGAACUCUGCACAUAGGAGACGAGAUCAGGGAGAUCAACAGCAUCAGUGUGGCCAAUCAGACGGUGGAGCAGCUGCAGAGGAUGCUGAGGGAGAUGAGAGGCAGCAUCACCUUUAAAAUCGUGCCAAGUUACCGGACGCAGGGAUCCUCGUGUGAGGUAACGCCUCCUCUUCCCCCUCCUCCUCUUCCUCCUCUUCCUCCUCCUCCUCCUCCUCACUGCUGA